UCCUUUUUUUUUUUCCUUCCCCUGCUUUGUUUACCAUAUAAGGAAGGCCAGCACUGCAAAGUGGAAAAUACCUCUGUUAUCUUCCUCUCCAUUUCAACAAACAGUUCUGUGAACCUGAACAUUCUGUGAAAGAUGGCUGGGAAUGCAAUCUUGCUGGCUGCUGUCUCUGUCCUCUCUGCCUGUCAGCAAAGUUAUUUUGCUUUGCAGGUAGGAAAGGCAAGAUUAAAAUACAAAGUUACACCCCCAGCAGUUUCUGGAUCACCAGAGUUUGAUAGAAUAUUUCGUGCACAACAGAACUGUGUGGAGUUUUAUCCCAUAUUCGUGAUUACAUUGUGGAUGGCUGGAUGGUAUUUCAAUCAAGUGUUUGCUACUUGUCUGGGUCUGGUGUACAUAUAUGCCCGUCACCAGUAUUUCUGGGGAUAUUCAGAAGCAGCUAAAAAGAGGAUCAUGGGUUUCCGGUUGAGCCUGGGGAUUUUGGCCUUGUUGACAGUCCUAGGUGCCCUGGGGAUUGCAAACAGCUUCCUGGAUGAAUACCUGGACCUCAAUGUUGCCAAGAAACUGAGGCACUUCUAACUUUUCCCCCUCCCUUUGCGCAAAUGCUUGCAGAAGCUCUUUCCACUCUGAAGAUUAUGUGGAGUCACUUGUUCAAUUUUCAAAAAUAAAAGUAUUUUGUUUUUCUUGAAAUGGAUUGUACAAACAUACCUUUUAAAGAACACAUUUCCGGUUUAAGAACUGAAGUCUCCUCUGAGGGUAGAUGGCUGUAUCACCAAUGGAAGUGCUGAGCCCAGGAUUGAGACAUGCCCAUGGAAACCAUGACUGCUCCUCUGGGGAGGAAGCAGCCUGACCCGGUGCUGAGAUUCUGUGCAGGCCAUCACCGCUACCUGCCUCUGAGGUGGCUUCUUUCUUAAUGGAAUGUUCCAGGAAGAUGCUGAUAGGGCAGCCAAGCCCACAUCAUUGGUUGUAAGAAAGCAACAGAUGGCUGCAUGUGGGGGAAAGUCAGGCAUACACAUAGGGUAGCUGGAGAAGAGAGUCAUCAACUAAUAGCACAAAACAAAUGUGGUUGUGAAAAUUUACUUUAUAAAGCAGAAGGAAAAAGAAAAAAAGGCCAACCAUUUUCUAGAGACUAGUGCCCAGUAAGUAUUCUUGCCCCUGGGCAGAGAAGGCCAUGUUCUCUGCUGGAGUGCCUAGGGUGGGGCCUGCUGUCCGUUUGCGCCCUGUGGGGCGUGGGGUCAGUGCUGCUGGGAUCCUGAAAGGCAGUCAUUGUCUGGCACAAGGCAAAUGACUUUUCUUCAUUUUCUUCAUCUGUAAAAUGGGAAUAAGUCCACCUCACAGUCUUCAGGCACCUUAGGAAAAUGGAAUUAUGAGCAUAUAUAUCAUAUUUUAACUUCAGGAAAAGAGCUCUCUGUCAAUUUUUCCAAAGAAGGUUGGACAGCUCGGAAGCUGGUGUGGUCAUCUUCAGGAAGCUGUUUAAUGAGACUUUUCUUUCUUUUGUGGGCACAAGGGAAUUUACAAAGGCUAUGAAUAACAGAAAAUGAAAUAAAGGCUUUUAAACACUAGUGUUUCCAGAAUAGCAGGGGAGAAGAUAUGACACCCUGCACUCCACAAAGUGAUAUUAAAUACCCCAAAGGAUACUGACAGUGUAGCAGUGCAAGAACCGGGAUGUCUGGAAACCAGUCUGGUUCCCACACUCAGUGGUUGUUUGACCUUGGACUCGGCACCUCAUUGACAGACGUAGUGUAACAAAGACGUGGAGACUCCAGGGCCAGACAGAGCUAUUUCCUGUUCUACCACUCGCUGGCCAUGCUCCCCAGCACUUUGUAGCUCUCUGCCUCGGGUUUCCCUUAGGUAAAAUGGGGUUAGUACUCUAAAAUGUUGUGAUUCUGUGGUCUUUUUACUUUAUAGUAUUCUGAUCAGUUACAGUAACUUGUAAUUAUGAUAUUUUAGUUGUUUUAUACACUGAAGUUAAAGGAAGGAAGGGAGAAUGCAAAUUUUUGAUGCUGAAGCAUCAUUAUCACAUCCUUUGGAAGUGGUAAAUAAAACACAACUUUCCAAAUCUUAUACUUAAGGAUUUUUAAACAAUUUCUAUUUUGCAUAUCAAUUGGAACUAUUUAAAAAUGCGAGCUAUAAAUGUGCACACACAUACACAUACACAGAGUUUGGUUAAAAACAUCUUUAAACAUCUGAACUGUAGAAUUUAUUAACUUUGUCCUAAUACUUUUGUCACCACAGCAACCUCAUGGUUACUUUAAUUCCUAUAAAUUGGCUACAGGGAGCAAACCUGCUGGCUAGAGAGAUGUUUCUGAUCUGCUUGGAAGUUUUAUAUAUAUUUUAUAUAUUAGUGAAUUGACAAAUUUUAUUUUUAGAAACCAGAUUCAUUGCCUCAAAAAUCAUGUUAUGAAAAUCAAUUAUGAAAAAAGGGAUGGAAAACUUUUCUAUAUUAAAGAAGUCUUAAAAGGCAUGAGAAGUAGGUGAUAUUAGGGAAUAAAUGAUUGUGUUCAGUGUAGAAUGAUAUUGUGGUUAAGUGAGAGAAUGUCCUAAUUCUUUGGAGAGCAUAAUGAGAGGCUGAGGGGUGAAGAGGCUGGAUGGGUAUAACUUACCAUGGAAGAUUUCACAAAACAUGUAUGUAAAACAUAUAUGGUAAAGUGUUAACAAUUAUUAAAUUGAGUUGAUGUUUA